GGCUGGACUGUGCGGUGACUCCGCAUUUAACAGCUGGACUGUUUUUGCAUCAUGGCCACCUGCUUUACCUGACAAGAUCAGCCCUGACCUUCCUGGGCUGCUCUGUCCCUGGCAUCUGCAGUGGCACACUGACUCUUCAUCUCCCUUCCCCUCACAUUCUUCUAGCCCAGGACCAGUGUCCUUGAUGGCAGAAGCUACAUCUUCUUCCCCCACAGCUUUGGGACAGACCAGGGAACCAGGAUUUACAGAGACCAGGCACUGCCAAAAGGCAAUGACAUGACUCAGAAGACCAGACACACACCAUAUGCCGUUGACUCUACAGCACACAGACGCUUUGCUGUUUCUGGGAUGUUGGAAUUUUGUAAAACGUGCUUCUUACGAAAUAGUUAAGGAGAUCGAGGUGCCACUGGCUGCCCUGGAUGCCCCGGCCCUUGGGACAGGGGACAGCGGCCACUUGCCUGUGGCCGAGCAGGAGGAGGUGGGAAUCCCAAUACCGGCCCCAGGGCUCCUGCAGGUCACAGAACGGAGGCAGCCACUCAGCAGUGUGUCCUCCCUCGAGGUGCACUUUGACCUCCUGGACCUCACCGAGCUGACCGACAUGUCCGACCAGGAACUGGCCGAGGUCUUUGCUGACUCCGAUGAUGAGAACCUGACGGGUGAAUCACCAGCAGGCCUGCACCCACUGCCCCGGGCCGGCUGUCUGCGGUCCCCAUCCUGGACUCGGACCAGGGCAGAGCAGAACCGUGAGAAGCAGCACCUCGGCGACCCUGAGCGGCAGCCAGCGAUUGUGGACACGUUUCUCACUGUGGAGAGGCCCAAGGAGAACUAGGCCAGGCAGCCCCGGGACCCAGGCAGAGGAAAUGUGAUGUGCGGCUCCGUGGACACUCUGCCCACCCCACAUGGCUCCAGGUCAGGGUCUCAAGGCACCCAGCACAAGCACAGCCCAUGGCCUGAUGUCCAAUUCCUUCCUGGUCCCUGGAUCAGGGCUGACAAUGCCCGGGGAUGAGACAGGAGUGGACUGGGCCUUCUGGAACCUUCUGUCCACAGGACUGGUGCUCUUAUCUGUCACAAGGUUCCCGAGUGGAUGCUGAGUAGAUGACUGCCGCUCUGCAAAGCCCCUGGGGUCUAGCCAAAUACGUGGGUGGAAGAGUCAAUCCUGAACAUUUCCACCUUUAUUUCAAUCCUGUCCCCUUCCAGCCACCCAGGGAGCAGUGCCAGCAAUGGGGUCCCUCCCAGGCCCUAAGACCCUGCUCGUCCUGGUCCCUGCAAGACAGCGGGCCCACCCUCCUUAGCUCAGAACACCAAAUACGGCACGACUGUCUCAGACUGCUUGGGGGUGGGUCACCUUCUUCCAGUCCCUUGCCCAUGCAGUCCCCAUACUCUAUCGAUGCACACAUCCUGGCCCAAGGGGGUUGGAGGUGUGGGAGAACGUGGGCACAGCCCCUGGCCCCCAAAGCAGGCCACCAGGCUCAGCUGCUCCCAACACUGCUUUUUAUGUGCUAAAGGACAGGACAGGCUUCUGGUCUGAUUGCAAGUCCAAGAUUGGUUUUAAAAUAAAUGUGUGAGCUUGCUUUUUGUUCCCACGGAAACCUGCCCUGAUCUGUUCCCCACUGAAAUGUGCUCCUCCAUAGGAGCCCUGGGCAGUGGGCCCACUGUGCUUGGCUAGAGGAAGGUCCCCCAGGCAAAUUGGCCUGAGAAAUGCAGGUGGUUGCCUUCCACGUAGGGGCAGGAGACUCCCUCUCCUGCCACAUGAUCAGCAACAACACGGGACACUGACUGACCAGGCACAGUCAAGAAUGCCCCUUAAAACCCAAUCCUAUAAGGGUGGCCUGCCUGCACCACCACCCCGGGUCUCCCCCCACAC